AUGUUAACUAUGACUUCUAUAUAUUUCGACAAGAAUAACUCAGGGUUCCAGGUAGGGAUCAGUAAUGGACCAGUUUAUCUUCAUCCAGCCGAGGAUCGACAGUACCGAGACACUCUUCAGGCUACUGAUCCUUGCCUCGACAAAGCUCGAAUCGAGGAAGAUAAGGGAGGUCUUCUCAGAGACUCGUAUAUCUGGGUGCUUGAUGAUGUCGACUUCCAAAGAUGGAGGGAUGUGAGAUGUGGCCAGCUUCUUUGGAUCAAGGGUGAUCCUGGCAAGGGCAAGACAAUGUUGCUAUGUGGGAUCAUUGACGAGCUAUCAAAGAUGGCGAUGAGUCACACCAAUAUCUCCUUCUUCUUCUGCCAAGCUACGAACAGUCGCAUCAAUAGUGCCACGGCAGUUCUACGGGGACUCAUAUAUAUGCUUGUGCAACAACAACCUUGUUUUAUGAGCCAUAUCCGUGACAAGUCUUUCGAGGGCGAAAAUGCAUGGUUCGCGUUACUCCGAGUCUUCACCAAUAUACUCGACGACCCGCAACUUCAAAGGACUUAUCUAAUUAUUGAUGCACUUGACGAAUGCACUAGUGGCCUGGACCGACUUCUUCGUCUACUUGUACAGAAGUCGUCGGCAUACUCGCAUGUGAAAUGGGUCGUCUCUAGCCGUAACUGGCCGAAGAUUGAGAAAGAACUUGACGGCGCAACGCAAUUAAAGCUCCGCCUUGAUUUAAAUGAGGCUAGGCUAUCGGGUGCUGUUAACUUUUUUAUCCAAUACAAGAUAAAUGAGUUAAUAAAAAGGAACAAUUAUAGCGCAGCACUACAGGAUGCUAUCAAGCAUCAUUUGGUGUCGAAGGCAAAUGGCACCUUCCUCUGGGUAGCCCUGGUUUGCAAGGAACUCAUGAACGUUUCCAAGAGACACGUUAGGAAGCAAUUACUUGAGUUUCCCUCUGGACUUGACACGGUUUAUGAACGAAUGUGGAACCAAAUUAACAAAUUGGGAAGCAGGUCAUGUGAUGGUCAAGCUUGUAAGUCUCUUCUCGGCGUUAUCAUGACUGUUUACCGGCCUGUCACGUUAGACGAAUUGGCGUCUUGCAUCGACCUGCCCGAGGGCGAUUAUGAAACUUCCGAAGAGAUUAUCGAGGCCUUAGAAGAGAUUUUAGGGCUGUGUGGCUCUUUCCUGACUCUCCGGGGACGCACAAUCUCAUUGGUGCAUCAAUCAGCCAACGACUAUCUCAUGAAAGAAGCGUUCCUUGAGAUCUUCCCUGACGGGGUAGAGAAAGUACAUCACUCAAUAUUCUCAAAAUCGUUAAAGUCAUUGACAAGAACAUUGCACCGCGACAUCUAUGGCCUAGUCGCUCCUGGAUAUCCGAUCGAUCAAGUCCACCAGCCAGAGCCAGACCCACUAGCCGCAAUGCGUUAUUCGUGUGUCUAUUGGGUUGAUCACCUAAGCCAGUGCUUUCCUGGCAAGAAUGCUAGUGAAGACAUCAAGGAUAAUGGAUUAGUUGAAAGCUUUUUCCGCCAGGAUUACCUUCAUUGGCUCGAGGCUCUUAGCCUAUCAGGAAGCUUAUUCGAGGGAGUAGCUUCGAUGGUUAAGCUCCAAUAUUUGCUUCAGUCAACAGCGAAGGACUCACACCUCCUUGAUAGAGUUCAAGAUGCCAGGCGGAGCAUAACAGGGAUCCAAUUUGGGGGACAACAGCCCGCAUGGAUAAUUAGAAAACCUACGAUGGAAGAGGGUUGGAACGCAUGCCUCCAAACGCUUGAAGGCCAUAGCGAUACGGUCAACUCGGUCGUCUUCUCUCACGAUUCUAAGCUCCUCGCCUCAGCGUCAUACGAUGCCACUGUCAAGGUGUGGAAUGCUAGCAGUGGCCAGUGUCUCUAUACCCUCGAAGGCCAUAGUGAUAGGGUGAACUCUGUCGCCUUCUCCCACGAUUCUAAAAUCCUCGCCUCGGCGUCACACGAUGCCACCGUCAGGGUGUGGAAUGCUAGUAGUGGCCAGUACCUCCAAACCCUCCAGAGCUAUCGUCUCCAGAGCCAUCGUGGCUCAGUCAAUUCCGUCGCCUUCUCUCAUGAUUCAAAGCUCCUCGCUUCUGCAUCACACGAUGCUAUCAUCAAGCGUCACAUGAUGCCACUAUCAAGGUGUGGAACUCUAGCAGCGGCCAGUGUCUCUAUACCCUCGAAGGCCAUAAUAGUGGCGUCAACUCAGUAUCGUUCUCCUAUGAUUCCAAGCUCCUCGCCUCAGCUUCGGCCGAUCGCACCGUCAAAUUAUGGGAUCCCAGGAGCAGCCAGUGCCUCCAAACACUCAAGGGCCAUAAUAGUACCGUCAACUCAGUAUCAUUCUCCUAUGAUUCCAAGCUCCUCGCCUCAGCUUCGGCCGAUCGCACCGUCAAAUUGUGGGAUUCCAGGAGCAGCCAAUGCCUCCAAACCCUCAAGGGCCAUAAUAGUACCGUCAACUCAGUAUCAUUCUCCUAUGAUUCCAAGCUACUCGCCUCAGCUUCGGACGAUCGCACCGUCAAAUUAUGGGAUUCCAGGAGCAGCCAGUGCCUCCAGACCCUCGAGAGCCAUAGUAGUAUCGUCAACUCAGUACUUUUCUCCCACGAUUCUAAGCUCCUCGCCUCUCGGUCAUCCGAUAACACUAUCAAGGUGUGGGAUGCUAGGAGCGGCCGGUGCCUCCAGACCCUUGAGGGCCAUCCUGGCGGGGUUAAUUCGGUCGUUUUUUCCCACGAUUCCAAGCUCCUCGCCUCGGUGUCGUACAACACUAUCAAAGUGUGGAACACUAGCAGCGGCCAGUGCCUCCAGACCCUCCAUGGCUAUAAUAACGAGGUCAGCUCGUUUGCCUUCUCCUACGAUUCUAAACUGCUUGCCUCGGCGUCACACGAUAGCACUAUCAAGAUAUCAGAUGCUAGGAGCGGCGAGCUCCUCCAGAUCCUUAAGGGCCAUCGUGGCUCGGUCGACUCGGUCGCCUUCUCCCAUGAUUCUAAGUUCCUCGCCUCGGCAUCGCAUGAUUCCAAGUCCCUCGCCCCGGCAUCGCAUGAUACCACUAUUAAGGUGUGGGAUGCUGGGAGUGGCCAGUGCCUCCAGACCCUCAGGGGCCAUCUUGACUGGGUCAAUUCGGUCGUCUUCUCCCAUGAGUCCAAGGUCCUAG